UAAUCCGUAAUUUAAUUGUUUGAAAUUUCAUAUAAUGUUUUGGCGCUAAUCUUUCAUUAACAUUAAUCUUUUUAUGAGUUUUUUUUUGUUUAUUCAGUUAAAUGUUUAAUAAACGACGAAUAAAUAUAAGGUCUGAAGGAAGUUGAUUCCAAAUUCUCCCAACAUGGAGAUUGCAUAGCCAGUCUUAAGCAGCCAUAUUUACGUUACGAGCCAUUUUGUUACGGUGCGUUUUGGGUGGUUGCGUUUUAAUAUUUCACUACCUAUUGGUUGUUUUCAAAUAAUAAUUCCAGGUGGAUUGGUUGCAAGAAGUAUGUAGUUCGUUUUAUUUACAUGAUACAUUGUUGCUUUUAGAUUGUUUGGAAACUUUCGUUGUGAUAAUUUUUUGUGAGUGAGAGUUUAUCAACUAUCGCUUGGACACUCGUAAUUGUUCACUGCUCGGUCAGAAUCCGCGGGCUGUUACUUCAACGCUCGGGAGCAUCGUUGCUUAGGCCUACUAAGGCCGAUGGCUUCGAUGUUAAGUCGCUACUGAUUAACGAGGUUGGAAAUAUUGUCAGUUAGCGCUUAUAUAAAAGUACAUUUUAACUUUUUUCCAGGAAAUCAACUUGGUAAUGUGAGACUUGAAAAAGUGCACCCUUAAAGCUAAUUGUGCAGAAUGUGUGAUAAAAACAUUUAUAAUCUGUAACAUGGAUGUUGGCUGAAAGAGAGGCCUAAUUGAAAUAGUGACUUGAGAGAGCUAAUAAAUUAUGUUAGUACACAAAAAAUGGUUCUUGGAAGGGUGAUUUUUACUUGCUGUACACCAUGAAGGACACAGAAGAAACAGGUGAUGGCACAAAUGAGGGUACUUUGGAAGAAAUGGGGACCAUUGGUAAAGUUAGGCAUGCACAGGCAAACCCAACUUGUACAAAGUGGAUCCUGGAAGCCAUUAAUAAAAUCAAGCACCAGAAACAAAGGCCUUCUAUUGACCGAAUUUGUAGUGCUGUUCGACAGAGCAAUAAAGUAAGCAAGGACUUUAUUGUGGAACAGUUGGAAUUAGCUGUUGUUGAGGGCACAGUGCUGAAGGUGUACAAUAAAGGAUUGUGUUCCUAUAAAGACCCAUCAGGACUAUCUCAGGUGAAAACUCCUUCUGUAAGGAUAACAGAAGCAACAGAUCUGGUGAAGCUGUUGCAGAAAGUAAUCAGAGAUCUGGGAGAUUCUGAAGGUUCAACAUUAAGGUCCAUAGAAAAAUAUGUAAAGCAAACAUACACUGUUGAUAUCUCUUCUUGUUUGGACCUCAGUAAACAGCUCAGGUUUGCUGCCAAACGAGCUGUGGCUAGUGGUCGGCUUCUUCAAGAAGGUCGAUUCUACAAGGUUGGAAGAGUAGGAGGAACAGGUGUGUCAGAUGUUGACUUGCUUGGAAGUGCUUCUGGUAGCAGAAGUAUCAAGAACUUUUCAUUAGAAAAUUCAUUACAUAAGAAGGCAGUUCCAAUACCCAUAUGCAGCUUUUGUCGGGGGACGGCGGAAAGCAACAGGGAAGGGGUUUCUGAAGAACUAAUUUCGUGUGCCGAUUGUGGUAAUAGCGGACAUCCUAAUUGUCUGAAAUAUUCUCCAGAACUAACAGCACGUGUACAGAACACCAGAUGGCAGUGUAUUGAAUGUAAAACAUGUAAAGUUUGUGGUAGCAGAAACCAAGCAGAAGACUUGUUGUUUUGUGAUUCUUGUGACCAAGGCUUUCACAUGGGAUGUUUGAAACCUCCCUUAGUAAAAAUGCCAAAAGGAUCUUGGAGCUGUGAGCUUUGUGUAGAAGAGCUUCACUCUAAGAAGAGAAGGGGACGAUUGUUAAUCAAUGAAGUGGCAGCUAAUGUGAAGCAGCGGUACAAAAAACAAAGCAGUAGUAAGAUUAAAGCACAAAAGUCAGUGCAUGGGACUUGCCUCUCUUCAGACUGUGAUUUACAAAGAUCUUCAAGUGAAAAGCCUAUUAAUGUCAAAAGGAAUCAGUCAGUGAGCCAGCUGUCAGGACAAAGACAAGUAAGAAGGACAAAGAAAAGAAUGACAUUAAAGACAAGCCAAUUUCAAGAACAUAUGGUAGUUGUACCAUCAUCAAUUUCACAGUUUCAUAAUUGUACUGGUGAAGAAGCUUUAGAUAGUAAGAUUGAGUUGCUAGAAGAGCAGUCACAAGCUAUGAUUCCUGGUCUGUUUGAAUCAUUUUCACUCUCAAGUAAGCCCAAAGGGCUGAUUGAUGGGCUAACAAAGUUUUUCACUCCAACUAAUAAACGUAAAUCUCGAGUUGCUAUAAGCUCCAUGGCAACACCAUUUACUGCAGUUGUACCUGAUUCAAGACAAGAAAUAAAUGGUCAUCUAGAAUCCUCUGAAAAAGUCCAGCAUACUGAUGAGGCAAGUGUGGAAUCCAAACAAGUGAUUAUUACCGAAAGAGAGUGUACUCUCAGUGUUACAGAACUACCUUGCACUCUUCAAACUCCUAUUGUUAGUAAUUCAACUUUGUUCUUGAAAUCAAAUUAUUCAUCUUCAUCUAGUAGUACAUCUACGUAUUCACAUACAACAUCUUCUCUUGAGACUUCCUCUAUGACUGCUUCAAGUACUGGGCAGCUAAAAGGUUUAUUUGAUGGUCUUUCACAUCUCUAUACAACUAGUGAUACUCGCAAGCGAGGCAUGAAAAUUGACAGGUAUGCUCCACCAAAAAGAAGGCGUAAAAAUCUGCUACAUAAUGGAAAGGAAUCUCAGGAACUGUCUAUCACUUCAAAAGAGAAAAGUCUAGAUAUAGAAAACUCUGAAGAAAAUAUCGAAGUGCAAGACUCUACCCAAACUCAGAAGACUUCCAGAGAGUCUGCUGACCUUCAUGAAUCACCAACAACAGUAGCACUAACCACACAGUCUUUGAACAGGACCCCAUCAUCCCCUGUGUUUUCUGAUGCUAUAAAUCAUAAUUGUAUAGGAGUAACAUAUUCACAGACAGUGGUGACAUCUGCAUUAUCUUCAACACAAGAUAAUAAAACAUCUUCAUCUUUAUCAUGUUCAGCUUCUCAAAAUGAUCAGUCUUUGAAACUAUCUAAAUUUGUCAGUUCUCCUCAGUCAGAUUCAGGAGUAUGUGAUUCAUCAUCACCAUCAUCAUCAAAAAGAAAGAAAAAUAGUAAAUUUUCAAAUGGCGCCACAGGACAAACUAAUAAGCAACAUUUGCCUCCAGGAGUGACGGAGAAAGACCUUAAUCUUUUUAGAAAAGCUCAGCAAAUUGCGCUGCAAGCUACUGGACAUGGGAUGUCACCAGCGGAGCCUCCUACUCGUUAUCCAGUUUCUAUAGAAUUUGGAUGUUAUGAGAUUCAAACAUGGUAUUCAUCUCCUUUCCCACAAGAGUAUGCUAGAUUUCCUAAACUUUUCUUCUGUGAAUUUUGUCUAAAGUACCUGAAAAGCAAAAAUAUUUUACAAAGACACAGGAGGAAAUGUUUCUGGACCCAUCCCCCUGCUACAGAAAUCUACAGAAAAGAUGACCUGUCAGUCUUUGAAGUGGAUGGGAAUAUAAACAAAAUCUAUUGUCAAAACCUCUGUCUACUUGCCAAACUCUUUUUGGAUCAUAAAACCCUAUAUUAUGAUGUUGAGCCAUUUCUGUUCUAUGUUCUCACGAAAAAUGAUGAUAAAGGGUGUCAUUUUGUUGGAUACUUUUCAAAGGAAAAACAUUGUCAACAGAAGUAUAAUGUCUCUUGUAUUAUGACAAUGCCACAGUACCAAAGAAAGGGAUAUGGGCGAUUUCUGAUUGAUUUUAGCUAUCUUUUAACAAGGAAAGAAGGACUUGUUGGAACACCAGAGAAACCUUUAUCAGACUUGGGUCGGUUAAGCUAUUACUCAUACUGGAAAAGUGUCACUCUAGAACAUCUGUACAAAUGUAAAGAAGAAAGUCCAAAAAUAGAGGAUAUAUCAACUAAAACUGGAAUCAGUCCAGCAGACAUAAUUUCAAUACUUCAACAUUUUGAAAUGCUUAAGUAUGAAAAUGACAGGUUGAAUAUAAUCAUAAAAAGGACAUUUAUUGAGGAUUACAUGAAGAAUGUAUCGGUCAGUAAAGACAGAAGAUUGCGUGUGGAUCCCAUUUGCUUGAGGUGGACACCUGUAAUUUCCAAUUCAUUGUUCAAUCAUGAAAAUAGUGAGGCUGAAAAACAGAUGGAUGAGGAACUCAAUUCUAAGCAAGAACUUCUUCAUAAUUCUACAAGUGAGCCACUAGAAACUAAUCAACCAUUAAUAAUAGACACUAGAGAAACAGACCAAAGCAGAAAUAAACCACACACAAUAAUAGGUGAGAAGACUGUAGAUAUAGAUAAGCCUACAAGUAAAAUUCAGGAGGACACCAAAACAAACAAGAAUAAAACUCAAGAAGACUCAAAGGCAAGUAAAAAUAAAAUUCAACAAGAUACAAAAACAAGUAAAGUUCUUGAAGCUACAAAGAAUGAUGAUGAAGCUCAGGAAGACACAAAUACACUUAAAAACAAAGUUCAAGAAGACACAAAGAUGGUUAAAAGCAAAGUUCAAGAAGACACAAAGAUGGUUAAAAGCAAAGUUCAAGAAGACACAAAGAUGGUUAAAAGCAAAGUUCAAGAAGACACAAAGAUGGUUAAAAGCAAAGUUCAAGAUGACUCAAAGAUGGUUAAAAGCAAGGUUCAAGAUAGUACAAAAAUAGAGAAAAGCAAAGCUCAAGAAGACACAAAAACAAAAAAGAAGGUUGAAGAUAAUGCAAAGGCUGAAAAAAGCAAAGGAGAUGAACAAUCCAAAAGCAGUUCACAUUCAUCAAAGAAAAAAGACAAAUCAAAGAAAAAAUAUCUUUUGAAACUAAAAAGGAAGAGGAAGCGCGAGCAUGCUUCAGACAAACACAAAAGCUCCUUCAGUUCAAGUUAUGAAUUAGAGGACAUAGAACCAAAGAAAAAAAAACAGAAAAAAGAUCACAAUACCAGCUCAAAAAAUAAUGCAUCAAAUGUUGAAAAUUCUCACAAGGAACAUGGAACAUCUGAAAAACAAACUAGCCAAAAGGAAGGAAAGUCAAAAAAGAAGAAGAACAAGAAGAAGAAGUUGGCAGCUUUGAAAGGGGAAUUAAAGCUUGCAGAUGGUGAACAUGAGAAAUCCAGUCAGAAGUCUCACAAGACUGAAAAAUCUAGCAAAAAAACAAAGCAUCAUUCAGAGAAGUCAAAGAGUGGAGGCUCCCCACAGAAGAAACAGAAGUCAAAGAAAUCAGGAAGGUCAUCGGACAAAAAGAGUAGCAGUAAACGCAAGAAACGAAAGAAACUGAAGAAUGCCAUGGCCUCUACCUGUAGCACAUCACAUGGUACAGAAGAAACCCCUGAGUCAGAGACUGGUCUUAUGCCACCUGUUCUUGUGCCGGCUAUUCCUGCUUUUAGUGCAACUUUAGUCCAAGGUCAUCAGAGUCCAUUUUAUGAGUUAGAAUCAUCACCCCCAGUACUGCAGGCAUCAGUAACAGAACAAGCUGAAAAGCCAUUGUCUGAGGAAAUAACUUAUGUGAACAAAGAUAUAUUGACUAUUGAAGAAAAAUCAAUCACUUCAAUAAAUCCAAUAUCAAGUAUAAAAUUAAAGGAACAAGAUGAAGAACAUGCAGCAGUGGAAUGGAACAAAGAUCAUGUUGAACCAGAAGAAGUUCAAGAAUCAGCUAAUGAUCAAUUUCUUUUGACACCUUUCUCUAGUGACAGAGAAAAUAAUGAGUCAUAUGAAAUAACCUCAAUUACAAUACCCCAGACACACAUAGAGGAAAUUAGCAAAGGUGUUGUAGAACAGACUGAGCAUUUAGAUGAUAAAGACCAGUUAAAUGAAGAAACUGAACAAAGUGUUUUCAACCUACUGAAAAGAGAUCAAGAACAAUCACAUCACUGGUGUACUGAUCAUGAAGAUUAUGAAUCACCUCAUAUGACAUCUGAACAAGAAAAUACACUAACCUCUUUGAAUAUUCCACAUGAUACUUGUGAUAGUAUGAUGGAAGAAGAUUGUGUAGAGCUUGAAGGAGUAGAUAAAUGUGAAGAAGAUGACAUCUUACCUGAAGAGUUUGAUGACCAUGUAUCUUGCUCUAUGUCUAGUGAAUUGGCAAUUAAUGAGGAAGAAAUGUCAAGUCCAACAGUUGUUGUGUCUGAAGCCACAGACUCUCUAGCAGAGCAGUUGGAGGUAACCACGUCUGCUCAGCUUCCACUUACACCAAUUACUCCACAGACUCCUGGAUCUAAUCCUCCAUCUAUGAUUACUAAUAGCCAAACAGUUUGUAAUUUAGAUGAAAAUCUCCAUGAGCAGCAUCAAGAAACGGUUAUAUCCUCAGGUGUUGUAAACUCUGUGGGUCAGACCCAAGAAACACUUGUGCUGACUAACUCUAAUAAUAAUGUCACUAGUCAGCCAAGUGAUACAUCCAAAUUUCAGGAACAUUUAGCUGAGGAAUUUCAUAACAACCUUGAAUGUUUACAGACCACUUCUCCUGAAACAGAUCUUCAUACAGGUGAUUUUACUCAUAGAAUGGAUGUUGUUGUUGUUGAAGCCAAUCACACAUCUCAGCCACCAUCCUCUACCCCAUCCACUCCCAGUGGAUUUGUUGGAAAACACAACUCCACUCCAACACCACAAGACCUGGCUAACAUGGGAGUUUACACUCCAGACUCUUCAACUAACAGUGUUAUUUCAAAUGGUGGUUUUAAUUCUGUGGAAAUUGAUGUGACACAGCUAGGUCUAGAGUCUCCAACUUCCAUCAGCAGUAGUGAGAUGGCUCAAAACUCUGUUGAGCCUCCACAGCCAGCACCAACUCCACAGCCUUAUCCUGACUGUGCACAGUUACAGAACUACUGCAAUGCUGCUCAGCCUCCACAUAGUACUCCUCCACAUGGAGCAAUGGUAGCAGCUGCAGCUGCUAUUGCUCAGGCACAACGACAAGCUCAUCUCCAGGCUCACAGUUGUUCGUCUAGUGGCCUGAAAAAUUGUAAUAAAAGAGUGGCUAUUCCCUCACAGCAUUCUUCCACAGCUGCAUCACAUGGACAUACAGCCUCCUCUCCUGUAUCGAGCUUAGUACAGAAUAGUAUGAUUAGUGCCAACUCCCCAUCAAUGAAUACUUUACUAGUAGGUCAGUCCUCCAUGUGUUCCUCUACCAACUACAUGAACACUGUGAACAUGGCAGGAAACCCAGCUGGAUCAUACAUGGUAGGUGUUCCAGUUGCCACCAUGAUCCAGCACCAGACUCCAGCCCUAGCAGUUGCUGCCCACUCACAACAACUUCAGCCACAGAGCCACCAUAACAUAAAUAUGACAAAUCAAGCAUCUGCCACAUUAUCUGGAACUAUGCAGCGCCUUACUCAUGUCAGUGUUGGUCUUCCCCCAUCUGCAGUUUCUGCCUGUGCUGUAUCCUCCACUGUUCCAGCUGGAUUUCACAUUCAGCCCCCUAAUUACUCCUGUAUUUCCACUCCUAACCCAACACCAACUCCUAAUCCUCCAUCUCAAGGCAAUUAUAGUUGCAGCCUUGCCAAACUUCAGCAGCUCACAAAUGGUAUCAUGGACAUUGGUCCUCCUCAUAUGUCUCCUUCUUGUAACACCAUGACUCCACCACCAAACUUAACUCCUCCUUCACCACAGGUGAAUAUUACUCCUCCACCUCAGAUGCAGCGUGGGAUUGCCCCAACACUUGCCAGUCUGCAGCCUCAAGGAUCAAUACCGUCCAAUGCCGGCCACGGCUAUGGUCAGUAUAGCCACCGAUACCAUGCACGGCAGAUGCAGCGAAGCUCCAAUGUUGCAAUCAAUCACAAUCUAGUAGCAGCAGGGUACCAGACUUUAAAUGGGGUUAGUUACCGCAUGCCACAAGGACCUCCUCCAGGAGCAGCGGCAAUGGUUAACACAGCAGGUUAUAUUACCAAUGCAGGAUUCAUCAACUCUUCACAGUUGCAGACUGCUGCAGUUCCAAUGGGUGUUGUAAAUUUCAACAUGCAUCCUCAAGCUCAAUACCAAGAGUCCAUUCAGCCAUCAAGAUCCCAAAACACCAUGUACACUGCAUAUGGGUAUCUGAAUGGAGGUUUGCCUCCUCAGGCUUUGAACCCAGUUAUGAGACGAUAGCCAUGAGAUGGUCAGAAAUCUUCUUAUUCUUCCUGUUACAAGCCAGAUACUAUCAAGUGUUUUUAAAAAACUAAUAAAUAUACAAAAAAGGAGCAUUAAACUUCUGUACAGAAAUAGAGCUCCUUAAUAAUAAUAAUAUAAAAAAAAAAGCUGAACUUGUGAUGCCAGACUGUACAUUUUAGAGGUGAACUAUUUUCUCUUAACUCAAAUUUUUUGAAUGUUUUAUGAGUGAUAGAAUCAUAUGUGGGUUGUCUUUCUGGCCACAUGCACAAUUUCAAUGUUAAUGGUGCUGGCCUAAAUGGAACCUUGCAACAUACCAGUAUGUGUAACAUUGCUUAUAGAGAUUUCCGUUCCCAUUGUUGUAUGCCCAUUGUGUACAUAAUGCUGUUAGAGACAUUAGAUUUGGACUUUGACUGAUGCUCUUUUCUUGUUUCCCAAUGAUGUAAGUAAAUGUGUAAAUAUUAUAUAUAUAAAUAAAUAAAUAUAUAUAUAUAUAUAAAUAUAUAAAUAUAGCUAUAAAUUCACCAUUGGGAUUUAUGGGUGGGGAGGGUACUCAGUUUAUUUUGAAUGUGAUAGUGAUAUAACUUCUACUUUUAAGUUUGUAUAUAGAUUGUUGAAUAAUUCAUACAAAACAUAAAAUCAUUACUGGAAAAUCAAGCAAGGAAGAACAAGCCAUUCAAAAGCUUAAAAUGGCCAGUUUGGUUGCAAGGUGUUUUUCAUUAAUGAAAAUACACAUAUUUAAUAGCUUAAAGUGAAGUUUGAAUUACGGUUUUAUGCAAUGUAUUUGAGUGUUGUGAAAUGUAUAAUCAUGCACAAAAAGAAAAUGACAUGGAUAGAAAUUUCUUGGUGUACUGAAUGACUAUGUAUGUAUAUCCUACCUAUUAGAAAACACCUUUUUUUACAUUCACUUUUGUCCAUAAACUUAACAUAAUCAUCAAUUUAUUUGAGAAUUAGAGGUUUGUCAGUUGAUGCGAAAGACAGCCUCACUUCAUGAAAACUUGUGAUAUUAUUCAUAACUGUUAUAUCAUCAUUUCUUAACAGAUAAAAACAUUUUGACAAUAAUUACAAUAGUAUUAAGAAAAGAGCUUGGUCCAAGACCAAUUCAGCCAACUGAUGUUAGAGAUUUUUAAUCUGCAAGUUGCAUGUUAACAGGUGACUGUUUUAAUUGUAAUUAUAUUCAGUACUAUUAUUGCUGCUUCUAAUACUAUAGCUGCAUGGUAUUAUAACAUAGGAACCCGAGACACUAUUUCUAGAAGUGUAUGUUAUUAGUCUUUAGUAGAACAGUUCUUGAUGAUUAUCUGUUUUGUGGAAGGAAAGCUAUAGAAUAUAUUUUUGAGUAACAGUUUUUUUGUGCCUUGAUGCAGUUGUUGAUUACUUCAUAGUGGCACACCGCCUAUUACUUGCAUUGUUCACCCUGAUUGCUGUAUAUAGUGCUAUGCCAGAGAAAUAAAUGUUACCCUUUGCACCAGCAA